GUAUUUCCUAUCUCAUUAGUCCAGUUUAUUUCCAAGAAGAAUGUUUGCUUUUUUUGUCUUCAUCUUGUCUAGAUCACCUGAAUUACUCUAACACUGAUUUGAGUCCAUAUGGAGAAAUAGGAGAUGAAUAUUGA